AUGGAAGGCGACAUGUUGGCGAUAUAUAAUUUCAACGAAAACGAGAUGCCCGACGUAAGUGGGAACAAUGCAUUAGAAUUUCCCGAUCUAGAUUUCGUUUACGCGGACGCAGAUACUCAUGUGAACGAGAUUGCCGAGCUGUACAGCUAUACCGAACAAGCGGAAUUUCAGCACAAUGUUAAGGCAUUCGAAGACCAGAUGGAACUGUACAAACUGCCACCCAGCUGGCAGAAACUGUCGGAAAGCGAACAGAAUAGCGUCAUAUUAAAGCUACUCGAUCAGCUCGACAUGUCGAAAAAGAGUCAGCGUAUGAAGUCAGCCCGCUGCAUACUGUACCUAGCCCAGGGUUGCUGGGUGGAGGUACAAUCCGACCAGGAGCAACAGAUGUGGGCACGCAAGAAUGUUAUGCUGCUGUACUCAGCCGGUGUGUUUGGUGCAUUUGUGGAACUGUUGAAUUUGGAAAUUGACAAUUCUUCCACUGCCAAUCUAGCAUUGCGCAAAAUAGCAGUAUCGCUUGCCGAUUCGAUCGAUCUGCGUGUCAUUCUGUCUGUGCUGUACAUUAUUACCGAGGUGAUGCGAGCGGAAAAGGAGAGCAAAAAUCAAGAAUACGCUCAGCUGGUUUCGAACUUCGUUACCGAAAUAACUUAUCCCAUCGGCGAUGAAUUGUUGUCCGUAAAACUGCUCGGGAUGGUCACACACUUCUGCUCCGGCAUGGCGCCACAUUUUCCAAUGAAAAAGGUAUUACUGUUACUGUGGAAAAUAUCUCUCGUGUCCUUGGGAGGCAUGGAUACGCUCAAAAAUCUUAAAGAUAAGUAUCGGAGUGCGGCCGGCCUUUCCCAGAAUCGCGAGGACACGCUAGAGGUAUCAAAGGUGAUGCGUGCCAGUUCGCCACCUAUUACAGCACCAUCGAAUGAUGACAAUCAGAACGCGAAGCGUAGCCGACCAUCCCGAAGAGUAUGUACGAACCCUAGUCAAACGCAAGAGAGCUUGAUCAAGCAAAGCUCUCUGGAUGAGCAGGAACAGUUGGGACUGGAGAUGGAAACGGCGGCUACGGAGAACGAGGAAGAUAUCUCCGUGUACUUUCGUCAGUACGAGGACCCCAUAAACGGUGGUGCCAAUCCGGCAGCUGGUGAGGAAGGGGCAACCGCACCACCGGCUGUCACUGCUGGUGAAGCUGGUGAGACAAAGGAAGGGGGCGAAUGUUCCCCGCCACCGGCAGAACCUGUGGAAGAACCACCGCCAGAGAUUACCAACCGUUUGCCCUGGGCACCGAAGAUCCGGCGCAAGGAUAUUGACAUAUUUCUCAACAAUUCGCGCAGUAAAUUCAUCGGAUAUACGCUGAAGGAUGAUCAUGAAACGAUUGCCGGACUUCCGCAGCCGAUACAGGAAGGAUUCAAAACGUUGACAAAGCACAUGUACGUAAGUCUGGCGGACGUGCAGAUACGCCGGGAGGAAGAAAUUAAUCGCAAUCCGCUUUCGACAUCGGAAGGUGAAAUUCCGCUAACUCCAACCGAAAUACUGUACCAGGCCCUGCUGCCCAACUUGUCGCAGUACAUGAUUUCGCUGCUAAAGAUCCUGCUAGCGGCCGCCCCGACCUCGAAAGCCAAAACCGAAAGCAUCAACAUUAUGGCCGACGUACUUCCGGAAGAUAUGCCCAUGACGGUACUACAGUCCUCGAAGCUGGGAAUCGACGUGAGCCGACACAAGGAAAUCACCGUUAAGGCCGUAUCCGCCAUCUUGCUGCUCUAUCUGAAACAUUUCAAAAUCAAUCACAUCUACCAGUUCGAGUUCAUUUCGCAGCAUCUCGUGUUUGCCAACUGCAUUCCGCUGGUGCUCAAGUUCUUCAACCAGGACAUUAUGGGGUACGUUGGUACGAACAACGGUAUCCCGAUCAUCGACUUUCCCUCGUGCGUGAUCGGCGAACAGCCCGAGCUGACGUCCGAAUCUAUGCUGGUCGGUGAUUCGGCCACCUACUCGUGGCGCAACGUGUUUUCCUGCAUCAAUUUGCUGCGCAUACUCAACAAGCUGACUAAGUGGAAGCACUCGCGCAUCAUGAUGCUGGUCGUGUUUAAGUCGGCGCCGAUUCUGAAGCGCACACUCAAGGUGCGCCACGCGCUCAUGCAGCUGUACGUGCUGAAGCUGCUCAAAAUGCAAACCAAGUACCUGGGCCGUCAGUGGCGCAAGUCAAACAUGAAGACGAUCAGUGCAAUCUACGCGAAGGUGCGCCAUCGCUUGAACGACGAUUGGGCGUUCGGGAACGAUUUGGAUGCGAGGCCCUGGGAUUUCCAGGCAGACGAAUGUGCCCUAAAGAGUGGCGUUGAUCGAUUCAACAAUCGGCGGUAUUUGCAAGUGAACAAUGGCAUACUGGCCGGUAUCGAGGGGCUCGAUUAUGACGAUUCAAUCGAAGGGAUCGGUGGAAUCGGAGCUGGUAUCGGUGUGACGGCCAUUGUCGGUGGUGCUGGUGGUGGAGGCGAAGGGCUGAAUGGUGGUGGUGGUGGCGGUGCCGGUGGAUCACUGGGCGGAUGUGUUAAUGGAGGUGCUGGUGGCGUUGGUGGAGCGGGCGUAGCGUCCGGACUGGGAGCAUCGGAACGCGGGAACGCAUGCUACGGAGGGCUGGCGCGCAAACCGGAAGAGAUCGAACUGAGCGAAGAGUUCAAGCAGAACUACGAGUUGUGGUUGCAGCAGGAGGUCUACAACAACAACAUCGACUGGGACGCACUGCUUGCCGUGGACGAUUUUUCCUAG